AUGGCGGACACAACUCAGGCUCCCGUUAACGGCACCUACGCUGUUCCCCCCAAUGCUUAUCAGCCUGAUAUUUAUCUUUCUCAGGGUGCCAUGAAUAGCAAUGCGCCCAGCUACCAUCCAGGUCCUGCCUCGACACCAUCAAAUGCGCCAGCUCCCGAGAGUAAGAGCGAUAUCACGAAGGACGAGGUCGGCUGGUACUUUGUAGAACAAUAUUAUACGACGAUGAGCCGAAGUCCAGAGAAGCUUCAUCUUUUCUACUCACGUCGCUCGCAGUUUGUCUCUGGCAAUGAAGCCGAGUCUGUUCCUGUUGUCGUUGGUCAAAAGGCCAUUAACGACAAGAUCAAGGAACUCAACUUCCAGGACUGCAAAGUGCGUGUCUUGAAUGUCGAUUCUCAGGCCUCCUUUGACAAUAUUCUUGUUGCUGUCAUUGGAGAGAUCUCCAACCGCUCCGAGCCUUCGCGCAAAUUCACCCAGACUUUCGUUCUCGCCCAACAGCCAAAUGGUUACUAUGUUUUGAACGAUAUCUUCCGUUACCUUGCAGAUGGCGACGAAGAAAUCGUCCCCGCUGACGAAACCGCCGCUCUUGAACCCGAAGUAUCUGCCGCACCUCAGGAAAUCAAACCUGUUGCAGCUGAGCCCGAAGCGGUCGGGCCUUUGGCAGAUAACGAACAAGCGGUAGCUGAGAUUGAUGCCAAACUAGAGACUGCUGCCGCCGGCGGUGAAACUGAGAAGGUUGAAGAACCUGCCGCUCCAGUGCAGGUCAAUGGUGAUGCUGCCCACGAGAAGCCUGCUGUCCCAGUUACACCUGCUGUUCCUGCUGUUCCUGCCGAGCCUGAGACACUCAAGCCAGAAGAGCCACAGACUCCUGAACCUACACCAGCCGUCAGCACGCCGAAGGAGAUUACCCCAGCUGUAAAGGAGACUGCUCCCCCAGCUAAAGCUGCUCCUAAGACAUGGGCUACUAUUGCCUCCAACAAUCGCGCUGCUGCUGCUGCCGCUGCCGCUGCUGCUGCUGCCACCACCACUCCGGUUGCUGCUCCUCAACCUAAGUCGGCUGCGACUGCCACUUCAUCUCAGCAACCGGCCAAGCCACAGCAGGAACAGCCUACUGCUGCUUCCACUACGGAGGCCGUUGCUACCAGCAGCCAAGCCGCAUCGAACGAUGGUGCUGGAUGGCAGACUGCUGGUCACGAGCACAACAAGAAGCAGUCUCGUGUUGAAGAGAAGUACCCCGCAUACAUUAAGAACGUUACCGAUAAGGUGGACGCUUCUUUGCUGCGCACUGUUCUUUCUCGCUUCGGAAAACUUACUCACUUCGAUGUCAACCGUGCAAGGAACUGCGCCUUCGUCGACUUUGCCGAUCAAGCAGCAUACAACGCUGCUGUCGCUGCCAACCCUCACCAGAUUGGAAGCGAGCAAGUCACUGUCGAGGAGCGACGCAUUCGCACCGGCAAUGUUGGUGGUGGUUUCGUAUCUGGCCGCGGCGGAAGUGGCGCUAACCGUGGUCGUGCUGACGGCCGAGCUGGAAGCCAGGGCCGCGGUGGUAGCGGCUUUCAACGUGACCAGGGACGUGGGGGAUUUGCUCGUGGCCGUGGCGGCAGCAAUGUUAACGGUAACAAGCGUAGCCAGGCACAAGCUGCUUAAGUGGCGACGUGUUUCAUUCCCCAUAUUGAUGCCGAAAUGAAUGCACAAGAGGAAAUGAAAGGCAACCAUAAUAAUCAUUUGGUUUGAGGUCAGUUUGCAGAUUAUUUGUACGACCACGUAUCUUUACGGCAUAUACAUACAUCGAAAG